UCAAGCCUUUUUGGAAACAGUGGUGCCAAGACCUUUGGAUUUGGCACCACCACCUCCUUUGGCGAGCAGAAGCCAAUGGGCACAUUCAGUUCUGGUGGAGGGAGCGUGGCAUCUCAAGGCUUUGGGUUCUCCAGCCCGACUAAAGCAGGUGUUAGUUUGUCUAUUGUUUCUUAUUGUGGACAUAGGAAGCUGCCUUCCGCCAAGUCAGACCCUUUGGUUCAUCUGCCCCAGUAGUGUCAGUGCUGACUGGCAGAAAUGGCCCUUCUCCCAGGGUUUCAGGCAGGGGACAUUCCCAGCUCUACCUAGAGAUGCUAGGGAUUGAACCUGGGACCUUCUGCAUGUAGAGUGGAUGCUCUACAACCAAGCUUUCCCCACUAUGGGGAGAAAUGGGGAGAACUCGUUCUUCUAGCAUGGGGAAGAUCCUCCUGCCUUUUGAACAACAGUUACAUCAGAUCUUGUGUUCUAGGCCAACUUACACAUCAUCACGUAGGGGACAUUGGCUUUGAGUUUUCUUGUGGGUUUUCCCUUGUGGCUUCCGGUUGGGCCUUGUGGGAACCUGGUACAGGUCAAGAUGAGCCACUUGCCUGAUACAGCAGCCAGACACUUCUGAUGUUCUUGUGUUCUCCCUUCCACUUUUUACUUCUUUCUUCUUUUCAAGGCUCAGAUUGGCAGCCAAACAGAAAACUGUGCAGCCAGGAGGUGCAAAGGGUGUGAUUCUGUAGCCUUAUUAGACUUUACCGAUUGGUGGGCUCUGCGUUGCUUCCGGACGGGAGGAAGGAAGUCAAAUGACACCGAGGGUUGGUUCAGAGAAAGAGUUCUUUAUUUCUGCUCUCCAGAGCAGCAGAAAGGCACUUGCGUGGUCAGUCCACAGGAAGUCCAAAGAAAUGAGAGUUUUCAUGCAGUAUAUAUAUCCUCCAGGCACCCUCUCCCCCCUUCCCCAGGAAUCCAGUCAUGUUAGCUUGUACACGCAGGUUGACAUCACAGGUGUUCCUGCUCCGGUACUCUUAACGAUAAAAGGGUUUUCCUUCCUGUACCUCUGACCAUAAAAGGGUAUUCCUGUUCCUAUACUCUUACCUUGGAGCAAGAGGUCGCCAACUCCAAGAACACACUCUGGCGCUCUUCCCGGACUAGGUCUGCACGUCAGAGUGUGUUCAGAAUGUAAGAUAAGACCCAGACGUGCCAUCCCUACUCCACUGGAACAGCCAAGGUCAUCCUUUGCCGUGACUGAUAAAGGAGAGAGCUUUGUUUAUACAGCUGUGUUCUUGUUAUGCAUUUGCUCAACAGCAUUUUAGAAAUGCAUUUUAGAAAUGCUCCCUUGGAGAAAGAAGAAAAGGGGGGUUUGGGAUCCCGUUUCAAACUGACUGCACAGAAACCCAUUCCUUCAAUUCCAGAGCGUGUUGGGAGGAAAAGAGAACAACUGAGAGGCAGUGAGGGGAGAGAAAGCGAGGUGCUGCAGGAGUCAGGGAAGAAAGUGGAGACAGACACAUGCACAGAGGGAGGGAGGAGGCAACCAUGUAUACAAGUGUUGAUUACGAUAAAACAGGUCUUCUUCUUUUUAUGGGUCUUUCCCCACCACUGUUGUCAUCAAAUUGUAGAUCACAUCUUUCUCUAGAUAUGUAGUGAACUGACCCAAGAGGAGGGUGGGGAGAAGCAACCAUAGAGGAUGGUGCCCUCAAUACUAUAUCAGUAUUCCCACAGGCUCCAAAAGGAUGGGUGACCUUUGUAUGUUGUGACUUUUAACAGUUGUGCUUAUGUCCUGCUUUCAGGCUUCCUUUUGGGGCAUCUGGUUGACCACUGUGAGAACAGGAUGGUGGGUUUAGAUGGGCCUUUGGCCUGAUCCAGCACCCAGGCUCUUCUUAAAUUCAUAUCAGGGUGCUCUGCAGCUCAGACCAGGAGCUCUGUAGGUCAGGUGCUGGUUCCCUGUGCCACUGGUACUGGUGGAUGGCAGAAAGGAAGUGAGCACAGCUCAAUGGUUGAGCACCUGCUUUGCAUGCCGCAGGUCCCCUUACGGUAGAAAAUGAUAUAUAGACCUAUCAGAGGCAGCUUGACUCUGAAUACUAGUUGCUGAGAAUUGCAAGAGGGGAGAGCAGUGCUGCACUCAAGUCUUGCUUGCAAGCUUCUCACUGGGGCAUCUGGUCGGCCACAGUGAGAAUAGGAUAUUGGGCCAGCUAGACUUAUGCCCUGGUGCAGCAACCAGGCUCUUCUUAUGUUCUUAACUUGCAAUACAUGCAUUGGUUCCCACGAAACUUGGAGGACAUAGGUAAAACCCAAUGGCUCAUGGACAAAAGUGUCACUGGAUCUCUAAUCUCUGCUAAAUAAUUUAGCUGCAGCUCUCUCUCCCCCUCCCCCCCCCGACAGUUGUGUUUACAACCGGGUAGUAUCUGUUACAUUGGUCAGACUGGAAUUUCACCCAGGGUAUUAAAAUGCACCUCCAGUCAAAAACAGCAAGGAGCUAUAUUGGUAGUCAUUUCUUGUAGCGGACAGGCAGCCUGUUAAUCAGAUGGAAGUGUGCGUUGAAAAGUGUCCACGUAAAACAGUAAAAACUGAGCUGCAUAGAAGACUGGGGGAGGGGAGUUAAUUCCAUGCCAGGGAUAUAUAUUUUUUAUUUUUUAUUUGUUGGCAAACAGACAGAAAAUAAGAUUAGCCGGUAUCAUGAUUCCUCUAUGUACAUCUGCAGGGCAGCCUCAGUUGAAAUGCAGGUGAUGCUUGUGUGUUCCAGUAAACCAUGGUUUAGCAGGAAGUGAAACCUGCCCAGCCUGGUUGCUCUCACUUGGCUGCUCCCUCUGGUGCAAGCAGGAGAAGCAUACCGAGAGGGCACAGUUAAGCUUGCCUUCUUAUGACAAACGCAAGUGUGGUUUGUUUUUCCCUGGCAAGUCAGAAUCACAAGCCACAGCCUUCAAUCAUGGUUCUUCGUUUGCUUUCAAAUCCUACCUUGUUUGGGAAAAGCAAAUUCCAGCCUCAGCUUUGGAUGUUACCGGAAGCCAGACUUAGUUGUGGCUUCCUGACUUAUUUCUCUUGUCUCAUGCCAGGGUAAGAGCAAAGUGAGGAGUGAUCAGACAACUCUGCAGAAGCAUGCCCCUUGUUCCCAAUAAGGCAACAACUUGUCCUGACUUGUCAUGCAUGACCUGUGAACAGAGCCAGUGUGCAGAUGUGGUUUUUUUAGGUCAAAGAAGGAAGAGAAGGUCAGCCAGAAUUAUCAUAAGUGGCACCUUUCCUAAGAGGGAACUUAGGGGUUGGGUGUUGCUUUUAAAAAAUUGAAUUCGCUCCCCCCCAGCUUCUAUCCCAAGGAUGGGAAACCUGUGGCCCUCCAGAUGUCAUUGGACUCCAGCUUCCAUCAGCCCCAGCCAGCAGGGCACAGUGGUCAGGAAUGAUGGGAGUUGUUGUCCAGCCAUGUCUGAAGGGCCACUGGUUCCUCACCACUGUUCCAUCAUACCCACACUUGAUACAUAGGUACAAUAGAGGUGUAUCAAAUUAUUCAUGGUGUGGAGGAGGAGGGGGGAUAUAGGAUUCCCCACUUCCUUUUUCUAUAUUACUCAAACUCAAGUUGUUAGGGUUAGGGUUAGGGAUUCAGGACAGACUAAAGAAAUUACUUCUUUGGACAAUGCAGAAUUUAAUGUGUGGAAUUUUCUGCCACGAGCUGUCUUUGUGGUCUUUAACGGGCAGUAGAGAAAUACAUGAAGGAGGGCAAAGUUUGUCCACAGUUGUUAGCAUGCUAGGGGCCAGACAAUGGAGGAGUGGGCUUUGGUUUUCACAUCCUACUUAUGGGCCUCCAGGAUGCAUUUGGCAGCCCACUAUGUGGGAAAACUGUUGGGAUACUGCCAGGGAGACAGAGGCAUCAGGCCUCCACGUCGUCUCUGGAUGAUCACCGGUCUCCCGUGGAAACAGCAUCAGUCAAUUAGCAACACGAGCCUCAGACACAUUCCAAGACUCAUGCACGCCCUUUUCAGCAGUCUCCGCAACGGAAGAUUCAGACAGAAGAGCAUAUUUACAGCUUUAUUCAACGUAGGUCAGAACAAAGGAAAAACAUGACUGCUUGCAUCCGUGUCGAGGAAAACAGCCAGAACAAAAGCUAUAUACAAAACGGAAGUUCCCAGCGAGAACAGUGCAGGGAGUAAACAGGCAUGUGACACACAACAAUCAUGCCUGACUCUUUUAAGGAGGAACGGAACUAUAUCCUAACAUCCUCCCCCUUUCCGUGUAACCUGUAGUACCUGUGGUUCAACCCAAUUGCAACCUCUGUACAUAAACCUUAAGUUGUUCUCUGUUAACAACCUUAGACAACAGAUCAGCAGGAAUUUCAUUUCCUGGCAUGUAGGACACCUGAAUGAGUCCUUUCGGAAUACACUCUCUUGCACGAUGUAACUUAAUCUGCAAGUAUUUGGUUCUUUGCUUGCAACUCUCUGAGUUCAGCAAAGCCAAACAGGAUCUAUUGUCUUGAUACACUUGUAUAGGACAUUUCACAGAAACUCUGAUGUCCUGAAAUAUUUGCAUCAACCAUUCACAAUCCAUGAGUGAAAAUGACAGAGCAAUUAAGUUCUGCUUCACAGGAACUUAGGCUUACUGUCGUCUGUUUCCUGCACAGCCAGUCAAACAUGUGAGGAGAAUCAGAACUUACAGGGUUAAACAGUUCUGUGUGACGUCUCACAUUCUGAGGCGUGUUUUGGUUCACAUAUGGGAAUCUUUCUUUGUGUGUGAGUUUCCUUUCGUUUUUGGCUGAGAGGCGAGAAGGAUGUCUGCUCUCUCGCCAGGACUGAUUUAUGAUGUUUUUCUUCUCAUUAAAGGCUGUUCGAGAUUAACAAGAAGCCUGCGUUCAGUUUGAUUUAUUAUCCACACACAAGGCAACACCUUCUACCGCUGCUAAAGAACUCUGCUAAGAGCUUCAAAGAGCUCACGUCUUCUGUCGGCACAAGCGUCCAAAGGCACAGGGGAAGUGUGCUGGACGCCAUCUUAUCUCACAGGUUAUGGAAGCUAGCCAAGCUUUGGAAGCUGUUGCCACAUCGUGCCUGUGUGUGUGGGAGAAGCCAGCUGGAGCCCCUGCCUAACGUUUGAGGCAGGGAGGCUUGCUGGGGAGGAUCAAUCUCAUCUUCAGGACCGGGUGCCGAGAGGAGCUGCUGUUUACGUGAGUAGGCUCAGCCCCGGGGGAGAAGAUGGCAGAUGGCCAGGUGUCAUACUCAGUCCCUUUUGCAAAGCUGAAUGGGAGCAACUGGGAGGAGUGGUCAAGGAAGCUGAAGGCCUGGCUGGUAGCCAAGGGUCUGUGGGAGGCGACCCGAGGGCCCCCACAGCAAGCUGCAGCGGUUGUUGCAGCUGCCCAAGCCUCACAGAGGAAAGACCAGAAAGCCCUAGGAGCUAUUGUGCUCAGUUUGGAGGGCUCACAGCUACCUUUGGUGGAGGGUCUUGAGACUGCCCAGGAGGUCUAUCAGGCACUAGAGAGAGUGCACCACAGGACCACAGCUGGGGCAAAGAUCCACACCACCAGAAGCUUGUUUGAGCUGAAGCUGCGUCCUGGUGAUAGCAUCAGACAGCAUGUGACUAAGGUGCUCUCUGUUUUCAACAAGCUGAGACUGUUGCAAGCGGAUCUUACGCUGCAAUAUGUGACUGGUCGUUUCUGUGACGAGGAGGAACGCUGUCUCAAAGAGGGCCGAGCUGGCGCAGGGUGCCCUGCCGGCAACAGAGGGGGGGCCAAGCCAGAAGGCACAGUUCAGGCUUUUUCCACUCAUCAUUGUUUUGUCUGCGGGUCUGUUGACCAUUUGCGACGAUCCUGUCCGAGGAGAGCCAGAGAGGCUGGGCAGGAUGUCUCCAAGGUCACUUCCCAUGGCAGUCAGCCAAGUCCUCAUGGCAGCCAGCCAGGUUUCCAUGGCAGCCAGUCUAGGAGAGGAGGCCAGCGUGGGAAUGCAAAGGGAGGACGUGACAGAGGAAGUGAGAAGGACGGUUCUUCUUAUCACCUAGCUGCCUCUAUGGCAACGCUGAAGGACAACUCCGGUGAGGGCAGCAUGCUGCAUUGGGUCAUCGACUCAGGAGCCAGCCAUCACCUGAUGUGGAAAUGUGGAACUGCAGGGCUGUUUCAACUGGGAAAACAGUCACUCUUGCUGAUGGCUCACAGAGACAAUUGACCACUGUUGGAAAUGUGUUUGUUUCUUUUUUACAGGCAGAGCUGGAAGUCUACGUUGUGCCAGGAAUGAAGUGUUGUCUUUUAUCUGUAUCUGCUCUUGUAAAAGAGGGUUAUAAGGUUUGCUUUGAAAAUGAUGUCUGUUCUAUUUCCAGGGGUGGGAAACAACUGGUCAAUGUUGCAUGUCAGAACAACCUCUUUGUUCUGGAGACACCUCUGGAGGGUAAGGGGAACACUGAGACAGCACAGGCGCAGUGUGCUAACGUUCCCACACAUGAUUCGUGUGCUCACUUGUGGCACAGGAGAAUGUCGCAGAAGUUAUAUAUCCAGAAGUUACCAGAGUACACUGAGGGUUGCAAGAUGAAAGCAUGUGAUAAAUUUCUGGAUUGUAGGGCGUGCAAAAGAGCAAAGAUAAAAAGGUGCAGUUAUCCCAGAUCGGAGAGGGUAACCACCAGGCCUUUUGAGCUAGUGCAUACAGACCUUUGUGGACCCAUGCCAGUACCGAGUCUGGGCAGAGCCAGGUAUGCGCUCACACUGACAGAUGAUUUUUUGAGGAACGGCUGGAUCUUCUCGCUUAAACGGAAAAGCGAGGCAGCUCAACUGAUCGAAGACUGGGUUGCGGCGGUGGAACUAGUUUUCCACCAAGGUGCAGAGCUUUCAGAGUGACCGAGGCGGAGAGUUCACUGGGUCUGCUCUGCAGAGUUUCUUCCGCCAGAAGGGGAUAAGUCACAGGUUGACGGUUGCUUUUUCUCCGCAGGAGAAUGGCGUAGCGGCGCGCAGGAACAAAACGUUAGCUGAGGCAGCUGACGCUCUACUGUUUGACUCUGGUUUGCCUCAGAGCUUUUGGGUCGAAGCUUGGAAAGCUGCCAGCUUCACUUUGAACAGGUCCUAUAGCUCUGUUGUAGGAGACACGCCCUAUUUUCUGCUGCACCGGAAGAAGCCCAAGGUGGAGCGAACGGGGGAGAAGGCGAGGCCAAGAUGCGGGUUAUUGGCGAUUGCCGGGUCCCUGGUUUGAAGGUCCGGGGGCACCUCUAUUGUUGUUGUGGAAGUACCCCUGCCCCCCCGAAAGGGCUGCUGCUUGUUCUUAAAGCACGAAGAGGCGGGGUGAUUACCCCAGCACCUGUCACAUUCGUGUAAAUACUUACAGGCGGGUCUGGAGCAUACACCCCUGUUGAACUCCCAGCAGAGGCGACGCCGCUUCACCUCAGUCUUACCAGCCUUGGUCAAUGUCGAUCCCGGGUUUUUCUUUUCAAUAUACGGGUUCACGUCCUCGCCCCAGUAGUUAGGGUCCGUUAGGUCCCAUCGAGUGGUAGGGAGGAGAGAAGCAUUUCUACGAAAAUUCUCGUCAUACAUUAGCGCGGCAUGCUCCCCCGCGAGAGAGUGAGCCCGCCUAACAUGAGCUAAAUAGGCCACCAAAUCCAUGGAUCUCCGAGGAUACGCCGCGCAAACAACUCCCAUGAAAACUUGGUACCCGUCUAGCCAGUUUUCGAACGUGCGCUCCGCCCUGGGGGUCCGGUAUCUUCCUUUACCAGAAGAUCGCCUCUUUUCACCUUUACCUAACAGCUUUGUUGGAGGGAGCAGGGUAAACAUGUCUACGUAAUCGCCAUUGAGGAUCUUAUUCCUCUUCUUCUGGGACAAAUGAUUCCCCAAUAUAAAAUCGGUGGACUGAUCGGUAGCCACCUUUACAUCCUCAACCAGGGCCCCAUCCUUCCAGUCCAAUACUCCAUUAAACGUUUUACGGUGAGAGUUGGCCCUCCUUUCGUGAGCCCACAGUGGAAUCCCGUGAUUCCCUUCUCCCAAGCCCCAGUAACCAUCCAUGGGACAGUCGCUGUCCGAAUCAGAAGAUGACGUACCUGUCUCAUCUUCCGUCUCGGAUUGCCUGCUCCUCUUCUUGGCGGACGUGUGCUUCUUCUUACACUUCCGCUUGCCGCCCUGGACCUCGACGAUGGUCGGAUUCGCCUCGGCCACCGGCUGAGCCACUUGGUGUUCCCUGCGCUCUUCCUCCCCGCCGGAAUUCUCACUGUCCUCGGUAGAGUUAUGCUGGGGCUGCCGCUCCUGGAACACACUAGGUAUGUCUACCGCCUGUGAGAAAGUAUUGGAGCUCGCACCCUUGGAAGUGACCUUACCCUUGCCAGGAACUUUUGACGGUGCCUUACCUUUUCCCGUGCCUUGAUUGGCCUUCCUAGAACUGGCCGCUUGGGCACGGGUAUUCGGCCGACCCGUACCGGACGUUUCGGCUUGGGCACUGGCCCCCGCUGGUCCUGGGAUUCCUAGCUGCCCUUGAUUGCUGGGCGGUGUAUCCGGAAUAACAUCCUGUGAUGGGUUGGGGACGAGGGGAGCUAAAUUCCCAGGCCUACAUUGCCUAUAGAAUGUUUCAAACGCCCGGAAAAAUUGAGCGAAGGCCUGCGGGUCGGAGGGCAUGGCCGCUGCUUGCGCGCUACCAUUAUUUGCGCAAGGUGCCUGCUGAUUGCCCGAGGUGGUUGCCUGCUGUUCUCCUCCUGAAGCCAUGACAAAGUAUAUACAGAACCUGAGGGAACUCUAAGUGGUUUACAAAGCAAAAUGGCACUGCCUUGCAAUUACACACGGCCCAGGAGUCCGACUAGCUCAGUAUUGUCUACAACCUUUAGGCUCUAUGCAGGAACCAUGGAGUAAAUAAAUUCUUAUCUAGUUGCCCGCCUUAAUAUGUAGUAUUUAUGUAUUUAUCUAUUUAUUUCUGAUAUAUAUUUAUUUGUUUAAUUCAAUUCUUUCUUUAUUGUUUAUGUAUUUGUUUAUGAAUUUAAAUUUAUUUAUUUAUGUAUUUAUUUAUUUAUUUACCUCCUGUACUCAAGUUGCUGCCAAGGCUCAGCUUAAUUGGAAGUCUGUUCCCAAUAUACCAAUUGUAUUUACCUGUUUAUCAAUACCAAGUAUUAAUUACAAUUUUCCCCCUUGAAAUAUUUGUAGUUAUUUAUUUGUUUAUUUAUUUAUUAUUUAUUUAUUUUUAAUUUAUUUAUUUAAUCGUUUGAUAGGGGGAGGAUCGAAUGAGUUGUAAUAUACAAUGCCUGGCGUAUUGUAUUUAUCAAGCUAAAGCCUGAAUUACAAAUAAAACCUUAUCAGGAUUUUUACUGUUUAUUGCUUUGGUUAUUGUUACUAUUGGAAAUGUAAUCCUGUAUUAAGAGUGUGAGCAGACGUAGCCCGAUAUGCUUGUUCUGCCUUCAAACAGACACAGUUAUGAAUGAUAAGCAGCCCAGGAAAUCACAAUUGCCUUUUUCGCGUGACCCAAGGAAGCCUCGCAAUAAGGGUCAGAAAAAACGCUAGAAAAUCAGGGAAGGGAAGAACGUAAACCCAGCAAAACAAUCACCAACCCUAUGAGUUCUAGCACAAAAACGGCAGCCCCAAACACCAAGCCAAGGGCCGAAAAGAAUUAAAAUAAGUAAAGAGGACAAGCAAUGUUAAAGGCUUUUAAGCGCUGAUGCUGUAUUGCCUGUUGAGGAUCGCUGGUAAAAGAAGGGUAAAUCUGCCCUCCUAAGAUGGCGCCUGCCCUCUCCAAAAUGGCCGCUCGGGCCUGACCACGUGGACCAAACAAGAUGGCACCCGCUAUAGAUCUGAGGGUUAAGCUGCCCUCCCAAGAUGGCGCCUGCCCUCCCCAAAAUGGCCGCUCAGCCUGACCACGUGGACCAAACAAGAUGGCGCUCGCUAUUGAGCUGAACGCUAGAUGCCUCACUUAAAAUGGCGGACGCCCUGAGACCGCACCACGUGAUCGACCACAACAGCUUCGGAAGCUGUGGUUGCCCCCGACAACCUAUAAACAAUCUACCGGCUAAGUACGAGCUUGCUAUAUUCCCGGAACACAGCAAGGGAACAACGAUACCCAGUUAAACAAAUAGACUUCCCCCCAAGCAGCAAGGACAGGGGAGCCCGCGAAUAAAGGCAGCAAGAACCCCACGGCCAAACCUCAAUUCUCCGGCUGUCCGCACUCUGAAGCCUGGGACUCCGAGGUUCCUCCUACAGCAAAGUGGGGCGUGCAGCACCGAAUCCUCCGAGGAAAAUCACGUGAACAGGGAAUCGCCGAAAGCAACGUCGACAGGGAAGCGCCGAAUAGAAAUAUCAAUCCCAAGCUGCAGGAGAGCCGACGCUGCGAGCUGAGCUCCUAAGCUGCCGCGCCAGCCGGAGAAACCACAGCAAUUGCGGAACACGCGUGUUGGCCUAAUCCUACCACGCACCGCUGAAGCUAUCCAUGAUCCUCCUUGUGACACCGCAAAAUUACAAGACGAAGGUAGGCUUCCAAAAUACACGAACCGCUCUGCAAAAUAUCCAAAAAAUCCGCUCAGGUGGCGAGGGGCAAAGAGGGCGGUCCCCGGGCGUACCUGGCCUUAAAUAGGUCAGGCCACGCCUCCCCGGCCCGCCGAUUGGCGGGUCAGGUCGGAGGCACGCCCGGGGAUUCCCUGAGUCUCGCGGGGGCAUAAGGCCAGCCCCCGCGUGGGGGAGGGGGUCGCCCGCAACCCCCUCUCCUCCGAAGGCGGAAAUGGCUUUGUAGGAGACACGCCCUAUUUUCUGCUGCACCGGAAGAAGCCCAAGGUGCAUUUCUUCCGUGUGUUUGGUUGCGAAGCUUGGGUGCUUGUGCCAAAGGCUCAAUGCAAGAAAGGUGACCCGAGGUCCCGGAAAAUGAUCUUUUGUGGGUACAGAGCCUGGGACAAAAGGGUGGAGGUUUGCCUAUCCAGAAGGCGAUCAGUCCAGGAUUCUAGUCAGCAGGAGUGCUGAGUUCUGUGAGCAGAGUGGUUGGUCAAGGAUCCAUGCGAAUCCUGACGUUCUCUCAGAGUGUCUGUCUGAUUCUGCUGAGGAGGGAGAGUUAGAAGCUGAACCUAUUGAUGAGGACCAGGUCUCUGACCAGGGUCAAGAACAGGGAGGGGCAUCUCCACAGGUUGUUAAAAGAGAUCCCAAAAGUGAGCCUUCGUCUCCCGUUAGUAAAGUGCAGAAGGCCAGAAGACGCAGUAAGUCAGAGGGGGAGUCUUCUGAUAACAAGGACACACUAGCUGGCCCCAGUGGGUCAGAGGGAGCACCUGAGACAGUGCUCAGACGUUCCACACGCACUACAAAGGGGGUACCACCUGAGAGGUUUGAGGUCACCAGCGUGUGGGUUGGUUUAGCGCAGUGCGAACCAGAAAGUUUUUUAUUUAUUUAUUUAUUGAAAUUUGAAAAAUACAAAACUUACACAAAAACAAAACAGAAACAAAAAGUAAAAAAUAAAGAUACAAAAAAUAAAGGUACAAAUAUGAGAAAAUAGAAAAUAUAAAGGAAAAAUAAAGAAAAAAAACAAAACAAGUUCAUUAUUUUCAAGUCCUUAAUUGUCAUUACCUUCUUUCUUAGACCUCCUCCUCCUCCCUUCCUUUGUAUUCUAGUUAUUAAUUAUCCCAGCAAAUCCUUUCCUUUCCAUAUUUCAAAAAAAUAAGGCAUAAAAAGAGUUCUAAACUAAUUUGAUCCUAUCUUUCUAUAUUAAAAUAAACCUUAAAGUUUAAAAUUUAAGUCUUAACUUUACCAACUUCUUGUGUUCAUAAUGUUCUUUCAUAAUUCUUUAUACAUCUUUACUAAAGCCAGGUAAUUUCUUCCAACAUUUUUCUAUCAUUCAUCAACUUUAUAAAACAUUCUAUUAGUUAAAAAAGAGAAAAAGAAGCACAUAAGCAAGUCCAAUCUUUAUCCAACGUCCCUUCCUCCUGGUUCCGGGAUUUGUCAGUCCUUAUUCCCCAAUCUAACCCGGUGACCUUAUGUCCGAGGCCCUCAGGUCACUUCCAUGGCCCUUCCGCUGCUCUUCUUCAUAUUUGUGGCUGUAGUCUCUUGCUCGUGGUAACUCCAACUUAAUAGUGUUUUUAGCCCUUCUCAUCAGAUCAGACCCUUUUCCGUAUUCAUCGCUGCAUUCCAUGUAGUGUUUAAAAGCAUACUUCAUGGGCCCUCCAUAAUUGUGGGCCCCCACAAUCCCAAACAUAUCGCAGCCUGUUACCGUAUUUAAGAAGUCCAGAUAUCCCGACGUAGGGGGGUCGAUCCAGCCCCCCAUUUCCAGACCACACCGAACUUUCCCUUCCCAAAUCUGGUUUUUUCCAAGUUCCUUUUUCCAAUCCGAAGGAUCAAACUCCUGUUGGGUCUGUUCUGUCAAAACACUCUCCUGAUUUGAUGCCACAAACCCCUGUUCUGUCAAAACACACUCCUGGUUUAAGUCCUGGAUAGACUCCACAUAUAUUCCCACAGUCUGGUCAAAACAUUCCACUGCCUGUCUAAGAUUUCUAGUCGAAUUAGCCAUCCGGUUCACCUUAUCAUGUAAUUCUUCCAGUAGAGUAUUUGUUUUGUAGAGCAGGCUCACCCAGACUUCUGAAAACAUUGUUACACUUUCCCACGGUAUUUUGUACCAACUGUCAAGUCCUUAGGAUUAGUUACAGUUUCAAAGGCUUCCCCUAGGGGGAAGACUUAUAUUUGUUUUUGCUACAUUUCCAAAAUACUUGAAAUACUUUAUCCAUAUAUAUUCCUUUAAAAUGCGAAAGGGAACAGUAAAGUCGCAAGAAUUUUCUUCUUUUAACUAUCUGUCACACACAAUUAUCUUGAUAGAUUCACAUCAGUCCUGACUUCCCCGCUCCAGGAUCAGGACGAAAAUAACUUCCUUUUACUCCUUCAAAUAGUCCAAAGAAUAUUCCCAGUUUAAAAUGUUGGAAUCCACUCUUUUAAAAGCGAUUUUCUAAGCUCUAGUGUAAAUUGCCUUUGCUUUGUUCUAUUUACAAAAGAACGGAAGGGUGACUUCCUGUUUAGCCCUUCCCGCUCCGUACCAAAUUCAAUAGGUUUUUUUCCUUUUUUUUUAUAAUCCAAUUCUGUCCUUUUCGCAAAUCUUCAUUUACUGUCCCAUUUGUUCAAAUUCUAAGUACUCACGGGUGUUUAUUUUAAAGUACGAUUGGUCCAGGAGAAAGGCAGCGCUCUCCGGCAACAGCUACGCGGCUUCACUCCACAAAGAAGCAGACGACUCACAGCACAGCGCCACUUCCCCGCUCUGUUCCGGAGCCCUUUGCCGGGUUCCUUUGCAGAUUGGGGGGGCGCAAACAGUGCCCGCCGAGUCCCAGGGUCACAGGCUUCACCCGCCUGUGAUUUGAAGGGUCCCCGCUGCGCCGAAGCGGUGUCAGACCCGAUUUUUGUGGAGCGGCUUCCCUCCGAGUUAGAGGGAAUCCGCCAUUACCGUUGGCGCCACCUCCGGAAGUCCGCGAACCAGAAAGUUUUGAGGAGGUUCAACAGUUGCCUGAAGCGGAAGCCAGGAAGUGGCAAGAGGCAAUGGGAAAGGAGUUGAACUCAGUGAGGUCCUUAGGUGUGUUCUCCACCACGAAGCUGCCAGAGGGCAAGCAGGCUGUGAGCUGUCGUUGGGUUUACAGGAUUAAGCCCACAGCGUCUGGAGAACCACAGUACAAGGCAAGGCUUGUAGCCAGAGGGUUCACGCAGAGAAGGGGGCUGCAUUAUACUGAAGUGUAUGCUCCUACUUCCCAGGGUAGACAGGUGCAAGGUUUUGCCAAAGAGCUUGGUAAGAAGUUUAAGCUCAAAAACCUUGGUCCCGUUCAGGUUUAUCUAGGCGUUAGGAUAGACGGGUCUCAGAACGGGAGUUUUUUGCUCAGUCAGAAAGGCAAGAUUGAGCAGUUGCUUGAGAAGAUCCGGAUGUCUGACUGUGCAGGGGUCAGAACGCCCAUGGAGACCAACUUCGUGAAGGACAGUCAGCUUGCGGAGCGUUCUGAGUUCCAAAACCCUGAGGUGUUUCAGUCAGCGCUAGGGAGUCUGUUGUAUCUCUCUCAGUGGAGCAGACCAGACAUAGCGUUUGUUGUGAAUCUGCUCAGCAGGGAGGCUACAAAGCCCAGUGUGAAUGCCUGGCAAGGCAUCAAGAGAGUGUUGAGGUAUUUGCAGGAUACCAAAGAGUUUUGCCUCACAUUGUCAGCUGAAGGUGACGCACGGCUUACGUGCUGGAGUGACAGCGAUUGGGCAUCUCUUGGGGACAGGAAGUCUGUGUCUGGGCUGGUGGUAAAGUUCGGGAAUCCCUGGUUGGGUGGAAGUCCCGGAAGCAAAGUCUUAUUGCACUUUCUUCCACUGAGGCGGAGUUCAGUGCGUUGUCGGAUUUGUGCAGGGAGUUGGACUUCUACCGGUGCUUGAUCCAAGAGAUCUUUGGGGAUUGUUACUUGCCCAUAACUGUUUGGGGAGACAGUCAACCUUGUCUUAAGUUGGCAGAGUCUGGACAGUUCAAGUCCAGAACCAAGCAUUUGGACAUACGUUUCCAGAAUGUAUGUCAGAGUGUCCAAGCAGGUUGGAUACGGCUCAAGUAUUGUUCGAGCCGGGAGAACCUAGCUGAUGGGUUUACCAAACCCUUGACCUUCCAGCGACAUGGAGAGUUCUGUGAAGGGUUGUGUUUGGGGUGAGUUAUACUCACAGUUUCCCUCAGGAUGCGAGACGAGAGGGGGUGUGAGGAGAAUCAGAACUUACAGGGUUAAACAGUUCUGUGUGACGUCUCACAUUCUGAGGCGUGGUUUGGUUCACAUACGGGAAUCUUUCUUUGUGUGUGAGUUUCCUAUCGUUUUUGGCUGAGAGGCAAGAAGGAUGUCUGCUCUCUCGCCAAGACUGAUUUAUGAUGUUUUUCUUCUCAUUAAAGGCUGUUAGAGAUUAGCAAGAAGCCUGCGUUCAGUUUGAUUUAUUAUCCACACACAAGGCAACACCUUCUACCGCUGCUAAAGAACUCUGCUAAGAGCUUCAAAGAGCUCACAUCUUCUAUCGGCACAAGCGUCCAAAGGCACAGGUGAAGUGUGCCGCGCGCCAUCUUAUCUCACAAAACAGACAGUGGUUGUACAUGUAGCAUACUCCAGAAGUGCUUGUACCAUCCAUGGUGUCACUUCCAAAACUAGCAUCUGCAAAGAUUUCAAGACCUCCAGUCUUCUGACGGGUGAACCUCAGCCUGUAGUGCAUAGUCCCCUUCAAAUAGCGGGCUAUGCACUUCAGAGCUUUCCAAUCCUGAACAGUAGGAUUGUUAGCAUGUCUGCUAAGCAGGUUAGUGCUUACAGCUAUGUCAGGUCUUGAACAUCUAGCAGUGAAAUUCAGCUUGCCUAGAAUGCAUCUGUAAAGUGUGGUGUCAGAAAAUGCUUCAGCAGUACUAUCUACCUGGUAACCUGUCACCAUCGGUGUGUCUGCUGGGUUUGCAUCAACCAAAUUCAACCUGGUUAAUACAUCAGCAAUUUUCUGUGUUUGGUGUACCAGAAAAUUACCUGCUUGGUCCCUCUCCACCUGCAGAGAAAGAUAGUUGGAUACCUCACCAAGAUCCUUCAUGUCAAAGUGCUCCUUCAGCUGAGCUAGGGUGCUUUGGUACAAAGCUUGAUUCUUCCAAAACAGAAGACGAUCAUCAACAAAACACAAACAUUACAGUUUGUUUUGCCCUUCCUCCUUGACAAACACACAUGGAUCAGCUUUGCCUUUGUGAAAACCUAGAGAAAGCAAUGUCUCAGUGAGUUUUGUGUCCCAACACCUGGCACUCUGCUUGAGACCAUAUAAGGAUUUCUGCAGUUUACGGACCAUUCCCUUCUGUAUCUGCAUUCCAUCAGGUGGAAGCAUAUACAGCUCCUCCCCCAAAGCCGCGUACAAAAAAGCUGUGUUCACGUCGUGAUGAGAAACAUGCACUUUCUCCUCUGCAGCAAUCUUGAGCAUUAGCCUAAUGCUCUCAUACUUGACGGUGAGUGAGUAGGUCUCGUGGUAAUCCUGUCCUGGUACCUGUGAAAAACCUCUGGCAACCAAUCUGGCUUUGUGUCUGACAACCUUGCCAGUCUGGUUUGUCUUGGCCUUGAAGACCCUUUUGCUGCCAACCAGUCUCAUUCCUGGGACUACUGGGACUAGCUCCCAGGUUUGGUUCCUAUCCAAGGAAUCAACUUCAGCCUUCAUAGCAUUAAGCCAUGGCUCAGCAUCUUUAAAGGUCAACUCUUGAACCUCUUUGAAGCUUGAAGGUUCCCAUACCUUCUCUGAGCUACUAAGAACAGCAGUUGCUGUCUUAGCAAACUCAUCAGCAAAUCUCUUUGGAGGUUUGCCUUUUGUGGCCCUUUCAGAUGUGCGUACUAGACGCAAGUCUUCUGCACUCAUCUCCUCCUUCUUAGGAGAAAAGUGGCCAAUGGUGAACAGUGGUUCUUCCAGUUCAGUGUCAGACGCAUCAGAUAGUCUGACUGAGGCCUUUGCGCUCUUGUAGUCUGCUGUGUCAUCACUGUCACUGACAACAGCAGCAGUGCUGCCCACUGAGCUGGAAUCCGAACUCUGAUCAUCAUCCUCAGCUUCCUCUUCUACCUCAACAUCAUAUGCUUCUUUCACAUCGUCUUCUUCCUCCUCUGAGUGACUCUGGAAAAUUCGCACAUUUCUCCCCCACUUGGGAUUGUACUCAACACUCUUUGUGAACCUAAUGGACUUAGAGUCAGUCAUGAAUACCCUGUAUGCACCUUUUUCGUACCCCAUGAACAAACCAUGUGCCCCACGCUUCCCAAGCUUGCUGCUCUGUGGGGUGUGGACCCACAUGUCAGAACCAAAGAUUCUCAUGUGCUUGACGUAAGGUUUCUUACCAAACAUCUUCUCAUAGGGAGUACAACCAAUAGGUGAUGACAGUCUCCUGUUAUAGGAAUAAAGGAAGCACAAUAAAGCUUCGCCCCAAUAUUUCUCAGGGAGAUUGGCAUCAUGCAACAAGGUUUUUAGGCCUUGCAGCAAAGUUUCAUUUGCUCGCUCACAAAGUCCAUUCUCCCAUGGAGAUCUAGGAGUUGAGAGGCUAUGUUACUAGGGGCGCAUUGGAAGAUGGCCGACAAUAACAUCUCUCCGACCCACACGAGGUAAUUAAGAGGCUGUGAUGGGAGUAUGCAGCCUCCCUGCCCCCCCCCAUGUGAGUGGGGGGGACUGCCCUUGCCUGGUGUGCCCUAUACCACUCCCGAACCCGAGGGGGUGGGGGCACUAGGCAGAAAGCCCUUGUGUGGACUUCGGCUCUCCUGGACGCUGUCUCUGAUUCGCACCUCUAGCUGCAGCAACUUCAAAAGAAACAAUUAGGAGGAAGCAAACACACAUAUUUCAAGGAAGAAUGGGGAGUAAAGACUGCUAAUUGAAGAGAUCUCUGAGAAAGAAGACGGAUCGGAUAAACAGGAAUAUAUCAUGAGAAGACACACCAAGGCUCGGUAUGUCGGCAACGGGACUGGAUGGGGGGGGGGGACUUUCCUUUCUUUUCUCUAUGUGAUUAACCAAGAAUCCCCCCCCCACUAGUCAGAAAUGCCACUUAAAUUACCUAAACUGAUGAUUUAAGACUGUGUGGAGAUAAUUUCUAACCAAAAGCAUGUUUUGAGGAGAUCGUGGAAAGUAUAAGAGCUUUGGGAUGACGCAGUAAAAAACAGUGUCGCCAUUUUGGCAAGUUCUGUCGAAAGACUUAUGUCUGGGAGGAGGAAUGGAUCUGUUUUCAUAUUGCGGGCGAGCCUCCUCAGAGGACUAAAGAAGGCGACAGAUUUGCGAAGAUUAAUGAUGGAAAGAGUGCUUUUAUUUAUGGAAGUGAUGAUAUAUGGAAACCAUCUUGAUAUGGUGAUUGGACGAACGAAAAAAUUCACACAGGAUUACAACUGGUGUUUACCUGCUUAAGGAGAUUAUCAGAAGAGAUCACAAAGAAAAAAGAAAAAUAUAUGAAUAAGAUGAGAUGUGGGAACAGCAAGAUAGGACUGGAUAGAAUUAUGAACAUUAUUUGGACAGAUUUGUGGAUAUUAACGCAGCAGCAAGAAGAUGAUUGGAAUCCCCUUCGGAACUUGAAAUAUGGGUACCCCCAACAAAAAAAUUAAAAUUCGGCUAUGUAAUUCGGAAUUUAUGUGAUGCAAUUUGAUUUGAUUUGAUGGUUAAUAAAAAUUAUUUUUUUUUAAAAAAAGGAGUUGAGAGGCUAUGUUGGAUUGCCUUCUCAGUCAGGAAAGCUUCAAACUGCUGAGAAGUGAAUUCACCGCCUCGAUCAGUAAACAAACAGCCAAUGUGUUUACUGUGAGGAUUCUCCAACCAAGCACAGAAUGCCUUGAACUUAGGAAACACUUCUGACUUCUGUUGGAGCAUAAACACAUGAAUGUACCUGGAAAAAGAAUCAAUUAAAACCAUGAAGUACCUUGCUCCACCCAAAGAGAGCGCAAGUGGACCAACUAGGUCUGCGUGGACUAGCUGAUAGGGAUUGGAAGCCUGUCUGCUAGACACCUUGCCUUUCAGAGCAACCUUCACCUUGUUCUCUGCACAAGAUACACAUUUCAUGUGAAACUUACAGGGCUUGAUAUUCAAACCCUGAACCAACCCAGGUAUCUUGGCCAGUGCCUGCCAAGACAUGUGACCAAAUCUUUGGUGCACCUCGUGAAUACAUCCUGCAUGAAGAACUUUGUUAGUUUGUGCAACACAACAUGAUUCAACAUUAGACACAUCAACAGUAUUGUCAUCAUAAGUUAUACAGAACAAGCCAUCUAUAAACUUUGCAUGCAAAAUGUCCUCUUUGCCUUUCCUGAUGACACAGACGCUCCUCUUGAAGGAAAUCUCAAAGCCACGCCCAGUCAGCUGUGGGACGCUGAGCAAAUUGUCUGCAGAAUCUGGAACAAAAAGUACUUCGCUGAUGGUUGAGUGCAGACUUGCCAGUUUCACUGUCCCGACUCCUGCAAUUCUCAACGUCUUUCCAUCAGCCUGUUGGAUCUCUCAUUCUUGAGGCGUGAAGGAGAUAAACAGAUGCCGAUUUACACACGUGCCUUGUGGCUCCAGAAUCGACAACAAAUUUGCCUUUGGCCUUUGGAGAAGCAGUUCCCGCAAACAAAACCUUGUUUUCCACCGGCUUGGGCUGCUGCUUGCCCCCCCUGCUCCUGGCCAUCUGCAGGCUUUUGUCUCUGUUUACAUCUUGCCUUCCGACUUCUGCGAAGAUGACCUUGGUUCUCACAGGAAACAGAGCUCUCAGCUGCCGACUCCUUCGCUCCCUCUGGAGGCUGGAAUGCUGCCUGGGAUGAUGUCAUAGUCAGCUCCCCCUGCAGCUUGCAACCGGUGCCCUCGGCAUCCCUGCAACCACUCGCAAUCUGGGAAACAGCCAGGCCCUCCGACACAGUCAAACUCUGUGCUGGGAAGGCUGCCAGAUGGGCUACUUUCAAAGCAUUCCACAUCUGACUUGCUGUCGUGUUGCCAGCCAGUGUUACAAUUUCCUCCAGAGAGAUGGACAAGACGAUCACGUCUAUGGCCCUUGAAUCCUCGGCCCUCCAUCUAUCUGUCAGAGGAACUGGAGGGGCUUCAUACACAGUGUGCCACACUCCAAACUGUCUCAACAGGCUCUCACAGUACCUUGCCCAGGUCUGAUAGUUGUGGCCAUUAAGCUUUGGGUAUGGAACCCCAUCUGAGGCUUGUAAAAGCUCCAUUUCAGCUCUUCAGCCGUGAGCCUUAUUCCCUUCAAAGACUCCUUAUCUUUGGCAGGUCAUAAAUUACGAGGCCUUCUGGCUCUUCUCUGCCAGCCUAAUUAGUCUGCCGGACUUCAAAAUCUCUGCCACGGCAUCAGAAAAGCCUCCCUUUUCCACAUACCUCUCGCAGUCUUUUGCAGUCUUACUCUCCUGUAAGUGCUGUGAAUCUGGGCCCAUAACCUUGUUGUUGGGAUACUGCCAGGGAGGCAGAGGCAUCAGGUAGCCUACACGUCAUCUCCAGAUGAUCACCGGUCUCCCGUGGAAACAGCAUCAGUCAAUUAGCGACACGAGCCUCAGACACAUUCCAAGACUCAUGCACGCCCUUUUCAGCAGUCUCCGCAACGGAAGAUUCAGACAGAAGAGCAUAUUUACAGCUUUAUUCAACGUAGGUCAGAACAAAGGAAAAACAUGACUGCUUGCAUCCGUGUCGAGGAAAACAGCCAGAACAAAAGCUAUAUACAAAACGGAAGUUCCCAGCGAGAACAGUGCAGGGAGUAAACAGGCAUGUGACACACAGCAAUCAUGCCUGACUCUUUUAAGGAGGAACGGAACUAUAUCCUAACAAAAACAGGGUUUUGGACUGGAUAGGCAUGGGGUAUGGACACUUUCUAAGCCCAAGGACCACCAUGCCAGUGCUGGAGAGGUCCAGAGGCAAUAGUGGACGGAGCAAUGAUUAUAAAUUGUCCCUUUAUAGGGACAUUUGUCCCUGUAGGCUGAUUUCUUCUCACAUCCACUUGCUGUUCUCCAUUCAGGCAAGCCAAAGGCAUUGUCAGAGUUCAAGGGCACAUUUUGGCCAAGGAAGGUGCAAAGUGGGGUCAUGUGUGUUAUCUGGGGAAGGUCCCAAGGACUAGGCAGGGGAGCCCUUACAUUUGUCCCCCAGACCUGAUGUUACCCACCCCUGUGAUGAUGGGCCUUUGGUCUGACCCUACAGGGCUGCUUUCUUUGGCUUUCCUCCUUUACUUUAGAAUAUUAUUAUUUUAUGCUGCUUUUCAGGACCAAGGCUGAUUCGAAGGGGGUUGCAGAUAAAUAAGUAAAAGUCACACAAUUAAAUAACAGCAUUGCAGCUCUGGUCUUCAGAACCACAUACAGUUGAAAAUUUCCAAAAGCUAAAAAAAGAGCAACAUAAACACACAAAAAUGGCACACAUCCCCACCGACCGUCAAGUCAGCCUGUGUCAUCAGAUGCCAUCAUGCUGACAAUAGGGAGGGUGUUCUAAUGCCCCACCAGCUUCCUAACCAAAGGUGAAUUGGAAAAGGAGUGUCUAAAAGAAAAUGGGGGUGGAAACAAAUGUCUCUCCCAGAGAAGGAUGUUACAUAGGCGAAGAGGCCACCACCAGAAAGGCUCCAUCACACAUUCCUUCCUACUAGCCAGAUCUGUACCUGCUGUCAUGUUGGUGAGGUGAAGGCAAACAAAUUGGUUCAGUUCUUGGCUCAGUGUCACACACUUCCCGUGUGAGCCAUAAGUUUGUUUUUACAGGAGAGGCUCAAAAGAUGGUGUGUGCGAUGAUGUCACUCCCAGUGUGAAUCUUGCCCAAUGGCUUUUUUGCAUUCCUAGGAAAAGGCCAAGAUGUUACUGGCUGUAUGAGAGAAGCUGCAAGCAGACUUUCAAGCAGACCUUGAAUACUUUUUAUUUCCCAUGCACCUAGUGUCUCUUCGCAUCCUUCCUUUUUUACGUACGUUUCUUUGUGAGGGAAUGGCCCUGAAAAGCAACUCAGAAAAUAACCUUUUUUGGGGGGUGGGGAAUAAAGACCCCCUUCCUCAGCUGUCACCAGUCAUUCCCAUUAGGCUGCCUCAGUAGGAGAGAUGGGAAGCAGGGCUCAUCCCAUCAACUCUGCCAGAAUACCAGCUCCAUCAAGCCAGCUGGUCCUUAUAAGAAUGGCUGUUUAAGAACGGGUGCCCAGAUUUGCUUUUUUCCUCUUCCCUUCUUGUCCCAUUUUCCUCGUUUGUCAUGUGUUGUCUUUUUUUAAGCUUGUAAGCCAGCCUUGUUUUCAGUUGAUUUCACAGAUACAGGCUGCUCGAGGAGCCUUUUUCAGGGGCUGGAACUGAAGAGUAAUGUGCAAACACUGAUAAAUAAAUAAAUAAAGCUUGGCAUCAGUUAAAAUGAAAGUGGGGAUGACAGGAAAUGGCAUCAUAGACUUGGGAAUGUCUUGCUUUCCUCCUGGUCUGCUUGUGACAGGUCAGGGGUGUGUGGUUAGCUUGUCUCUAGGGUGCAACACACCGCUGUGCUGAAAUGGUUGCAGUUUUGCUGGCAACAUCAGAAAACAGCUACCUUAGCAACUGCUAGCUUCCCCCCUCCUUUCCCCCAUCUUUUGCUGAGAGCUGCUGCUGGUGGUGGCAGCAGCAACUGCUGCUUUUUCAUGCAGGUGCUCUAGAGCGGGAGUUCUUGGCCUGUUUUUCUUUUAAUUCAUGUCUAAGGUUUUUCUUCCUAAGGACAUGCCUGCAGAAUCUAGCCAUCCCUUUUGCAGUAAGUGCUGUGCGGAGGGUAAAGAAGGCAGCUCUUAAUGAGAAACUCUCCCAUCCCCAAACCCCCCUCUCUCUUCCUCGCUGUCUCUCUCUCUCUUUGGUGCAUUCUUGGGGGGGGGGAGAGUGGAGAGUUGGGGGUGAUGGUUGCCGAUUUGCAGUUCUCGGGGACAUCCGGACUCUCUUGAAUGAAGGCCAGCAGGAGGUCGAGGUUCCCCUUAGAUGGGAAGUUGGGGGGGAAUGCAGUGCUGUAAAUCCGAUAGUUCACGUCUCCUUUGCAGACAUAGAUUGCAACUCUAAACAAAAAAGAGGAAAAAUCUAGCUAAGGCCUGCCUCUGCCUAAAGCUGUUCCUUUCUGCUUCCCCACCCCAUUCCCGCUUUUGCCUCUUGAAUUAAGCAAUGCUUUUCUCUCUCUCUCUCUCUCUCUCUCUCUCUCUCUCUCUCUCUCUCACACACACACACACACACACACACAGAGAGAGAGAGAGAGAGAGUGUCUCUUACAGGGAGAGUUCAGAAUCCUGAGUUCUGACAUCCAAAAAGGUGUUGAGCCUGAUCUACGUUCUUUGCUUUGCCCAAGAGGCCAAAACCAGAGAGGACUCAUCAGACUAUUGUCCCCCCCCCCCCAAUUUCCUUUUUUUUAGUUGCACCUUAAAAAAGGAGGGCAGAGGGUAUUUUGAAAUAUUUACUGACUUCAUGCUUUCUAGGAUGAAAUGGGGGCUUUUGAAAGUGUGUCAGGGUCCCAUUGCUUCUGCAGCACAAAUAAAGCCCCUCUUCCCCACAAGUUCAGGUCUGUGGGGCUUCUGCACCGGGAAAUGUCCUAACUCUGAUUUCUUCUUUCUUUGCUCUUUUUGCCUUGCCUUUCUCUCUCUUUCUCUCUCUCUCUGCUAUUUUGACUUUUUAUUUAUUCUUUUGCUUGUGUAUGUCCCCUUCUCUUUGUUUUUCUUUGUUUGCCUCUGUGUUUGCUCAGGUGGCUUUGGAGCUGCUCCUGUGUUCGGCAGCCCUCCCACUUUUGGGGGCUCCCCCGGGUUCGGAGGGGUGCCAGCAUUCGGUUCAGCCCCAGCCUUUGCAAGCCCUCUGGGCUCGACAGAAGGCAAAGUCUUCGGAGAGGGGACGGCGGCUGCCAAUGCUGGAGGAUUUGGGUAAGCCACAACAACAACAGCAACAAAACAACAGGGUCUUGGGAGGGGGGGGGGGUUGCAGUGAUAUCCAGGUGCCCCAUUUUUCUUUUUUAGUUUGAAUAAAUAUUCUGCAAGCCACCCUUCAUUUCACUACAUUUCAUUAUAUUGAUUUCUUUAAUCAGAUUUCUUAUUUACCCUUUGCCAGAAGGUCCUGGGGCAGGUAACAGCAAUGAAUUACAGUCAUACCUCAUGUUACGUUUGCUUCAUGAUACGUUUUUUCAGGUUGCAUCCCACGGUGACCGGGAAGUACCAGAAAGGAUUACUUCCGGGUUUCGCGGCUCGCGCAUGUGCAGAUGCACAAAAUGACGUCAUGCGCAUGUGCAGAAGCGGUGAAUUGCAACCCAUGCGUGCGCAGACGUGGCACUGCGGGUUAUGUUCUAUUCAUGUUGCAAACGGGCCUCCAGAACAGAUCCCGUUCGCAACCAGAGGUAUCACUGUAUACAAUUUUCACCAAACCCCACCCACCUGUGCAAGGGACAGUUGCCAUUGUGCAGUCAGGAACCUUAAAGCCAGGGAAGCUUGCUUUCAUUGCAAAUCACCAAGCUGGUUAGGAUUGGCUGCACUACAGAGUUCCCCAUGGAGAACUGUAUAGCAAAGUGAGCUGGGAUUGGAAGUCAAGCAGUGCCUAUCAGCUUACUUCAAGCUCCAUGGGGCUGCUGCUGCCAGCUGAUCUUUGGUGCUUGCAAAGAGCCAAACCCAGGGAGCCCCUGCUUAGUGCAUUGAAACCUUGACCAUCAGCUGAUCAGUGGUACUACAACACACUGUGCUAUUUUAUUUAACAGCCUUAUACAGUGCUUUGAAGUCCUCAUUGUGGGGACUUCAAAGCACCCCAUUGCCUGAUGUCAUUGUGAUGUCAGUUGAUUGGCAGACAGGUGGCUCUGUUAAUAAAAGGAAGGCAGAUGCACCUCACCAAGGAGGGCAUUCCACCAACAGGGAGCCACCAUUGAGCAGACCCUGUCCGGGCAGAACACCAAUCCAGGCAGCAGUACCAACAUGGCCUCCCUUGCCAUCUACAGCACCCAAGUUGGCUGAUUAUGGAUUUCUGCCUUCAUCUAGCUCUUUUUGCUUCACUUAUCUUUUUUAAAAGCCACACCCUCUUUAACCCACCGCUUGCUCCUGCUUUCUGUUCCACAGGUUUGGUGGCACAGUCAACACAGUGUCAUUCGGAACACUGGCAAGCCAGAACACCCCUACCUUUGGAUCACUCUCUCAGCAGCCUACGGGUUUUGGCACACAAGGCACUGGCUUCUCCGCUUUUGGGUCGAGUGGAGGAGGAGGUAUGAGCUGUUCUUGACCCUAAAUAGGAGGGAGCUUGGAGAGGUGGGAGCGUGGGGAGCUUCAGCACUUGGUCAGUCAUAAACUGUUAGGGGCUGGAUUUCAGAUGCAAACCAAGCUUAAUCGUAUCUUAAAGGGGAGCAGGGGUUGCUUUUUAAUUUUUUAUUGCAUUUAUGUCCCACCUUUCUCUCCAAGUUGCUGAGGGUGGUGUACAUGGUUUCUCUCCCUCAUUCAACGACUCACAACAACCCUGUGAGGUAGGUUAGGCUGAGAGGCAAUGACUGGCUCAAGGUCACACCCAGUGAACUUUGUGGCUGAGCGUGGAUUUAAACCCUAGUCCAACACUUUUAACUGGCUACACCACACUGGCUCUCUGUUGGAGAGACUGAGGGACAUAACUGUAUCCAGCGUACAUCCUUUCUAUCCCCUUUCGGGGUGGGAAAAUAGAAAGAAAUGUAUAUGUUUAACCAUACUUUUAAAACCUUUAUGUGAGGGUUAGAGCCUUUUUAACCACCUAGAGACAACUGCAGUUAAGCAGUACAUAAAUUGUUUAAAUAUUUUUAGCAAUUUACAAAACACACCAAAGCUGAUGUUAAGCCCCCAAACCCAGAAACCUUCCGCCGCCAUUCAUUUCUCGGGCUUAUUGCUCUCUGCACCUUCUGAGUAGGAGUUUGCAAAGUCUGCUCAUGAGCAUGUGCAGAGUUUCCAUCCCCUUGUCCUUGUCCUCCACCUGGUUCUUAGAUGUUUUGAGGAUUUUUUUCUCAGAACAGGGAAAAUGGAAGUCCUCCUUCACACAGCCCAUAAUUAAAAUUUGCUCUCACAAGAAGUAGUUACAGCCACUAACUUGGGUGGCUCUAAAAGGGGGUUGGACAAAUUCAAGGAGGAAUUAGGCUGUGUUCUACCUCUGCUGUCAGAGGGAAGGUGCUCCCAGUUGCUGGGAAUCACCCCCAAGAAGCUGCUAACGGUUGACAGUACUGAGCUAGAUGGAACCAAUGGUCUGACUCUUUAGAAGGCAGCUCCCUCUGUGUAUGAAUUAAAAGAAGAGCUUUGGUUGCAGGUUAGAGUUAAACACUAGAUGGAGAACUGGUGUGAUUGGAUACUGGUUAGGGGGCAGAGAGAAACUGUGCUGAUGUGACAGUGUGGCUUUGAGGCUGGCUUGGAAUCCUGACACCGUUCCUUAAUAUGUGUUUUGUAAUAUAACCUAUCCAAUAACCCCUUUAACAUUGCAUUUCCCCUCACCCCUUACAGGCUUUGGCUUUGGAUCGUCUAAUGUGUAA